UUAGGACCGUUGUUGAAUGCAUUUUCAUCAAAGCUUCAAAGGCUUGUUUUUACACUUGCAGUGUUUGUUAUACAGUUAAUACAAUUAAGUACUUAUUUUAAAUUUUUAAUAAGUAAUACAAUGGGCGGACGCGAUUAUGGAACUGAUCGAGAAUCUAUCAAAACUUUUUUGACUGAGUUUUGUAAGACUGAUAAUGAUGGAAAAAAGAUUUUCGUAUAUUCUUCACAAUUAACAAAAAUUGCACAUAGAGAACAAGUUGGAUUGUUCAUAGAGCUUGAUGAUGUUAUGGACUUUAAAGAAUCCUUGGCUGAAGCAAUUAUUGCUAACACCAGGAGAUACAUUAAUUUAUUUUCUGAUGUUGUGUUUGAGUUAUUGCCUAGUUUUAAAGAAAAGGAAGUUGUUGCUAAAGAUAGUUUGGAUGUAUAUAUUGAGCAUCGCUUGUUGAUGGAAUCUAGAACAAGACAGCCUCAUGAUCAGCGGGACCCACGUAAUAAGUACCCUCCAGAAUUGAUGAGGCGAUAUGAAAUAUAUUUUAAGGAUUUGAGCUCAAACAAAUCUGUACCAAUCAGAGAAAUUAAAGCUGAGAACAUAGGAAAGCUUGUGACUGUAAGAGGCAUUGUUACGCGCUGCACAGAGGUGAAGCCAAUGAUGGUUGUUGCUACUUACACAUGCGAUCAAUGUGGUUCCGAAACAUACCAGCCAGUUACUUCCUUAACUUUCAUGCCUGCUACUGAAUGCCCUUCUGAUGACUGUCGUGUUAAUAAAGCUGGAGGGCGUCUUUAUUUGCAAACUAGAGGUUCUAAAUUCAUUAAAUUUCAGGAGCUCAAAAUACAAGAGCAUAGUGACCAAGUGCCAGUUGGUCACAUACCUCGAACUUUAACCGUGUUCUGCAGAGGAGAGGUAACUCGUAUGGCUCAACCUGGAGAUCAUGUUAUGAUCACUGGUGUAUUUCUUCCCUUGCUAAGAACUGGAUUUAGGCAAAUGUCUGUUGGAUUGUUAAGUGAAACAUACCUGGAAGCUCAUAAAGUCGUAUGUUUUGAUCGUACUCCAGAAGGUGAAGAAUCGCCAGAAUUAACUGAAGAGGAGUUGGCUGAAUUGUCAGAGGAAGAUUUUUAUUCUCGCCUUGCUUGCAGUUUGGCUCCAGAAAUUUAUGGUCAUGAGGAUGUUAAAAAGGCUUUGCUUUUAUUGUUGGUUGGAGGGGUUGAUAAGAGGCCAGAUGGUAUGAAAAUUCGAGGCAAUAUUAAUAUAUGUUUGAUGGGUGACCCUGGUGUAGCCAAAUCUCAAUUGUUGAGCUACAUUGAUAGAUUGGCUCCAAGAAGUCAAUACACAACUGGUCGUGGUAGCAGUGGUGUUGGUUUAACUGCAGCUAUUAUGAAAGAUCCUCUAACUGGUGAAAUGACUUUGGAAGGUGGUGCAUUAGUUCUAGCUGAUCAAGGAGUUUGUUGCAUUGAUGAAUUUGAUAAAAUGGCUGAGAACGACCGUACUGCUAUCCAUGAAGUUAUGGAACAGCAAACCAUUUCUAUUGCUAAGGCUGGAAUUAUGACAAGUUUAAAUGCUAGGGUCUCAAUCUUAGCUGCAGCUAAUCCUGCUUAUGGCAGAUACAAUCCUCGUCGUACUAUUGAACAAAAUAUACAACUCCCAGCAGCUUUGCUAAGUAGAUUUGAUUUGUUAUGGCUUAUUCAGGACAAACCUGACAGAGACAAUGAUUUGCGUUUGGCAAAACAUAUUACUUAUGUGCACACACACAGUAAACAACCUCCUACCAGAGUGCGUAGCUUAAACAUGAACUUAAUGAGAAGGUACAUUGCCUUGUGCAAGAGAAAGGAACCUGUAAUUCCAAAUGAUUUGACUGAUUACAUUGUGGGAGCAUAUGUGGAACUGAGGCGUGUAGCAAGAAAUUCUCGUGAUAUGACAUUUACAUCUGCAAGAAACUUGCUUGGUAUUUUGCGUUUAUCAACAGCUUUGGCCCGUCUUAGAUUGGCAGACAUUGUUGAAAAGGAAGAUGUUGCUGAAGCCAUUCGUCUCUUGGAAAUGUCCAAAGAUUCUCUCAAUCAAAAUGUUGAACAAUCCAUGUCUAGAGUUCCCAACACAUCAGAUAAAAUAUUUGCUCUUGCAAGAGAAUUAGCAGGCUCGAAUAAAACAAUAAAGAUUGCUGAUGUAAUGGAGAGAUGUUCUUCUAAAGGUUUUAAACCUGAUCAGGUUGAUGCUUGCAUUGAAGAAUAUGAAGAGUUGAAUGUAUGGCAAGUUAAUCAAACAAGGACAAAAAUCACAUUCAUCUAAUUUUAGCUUAUAUUGUAAUUUAUUUUUAACUA